UAGGUAUUUUGAUUUUUUGACGAAUUCUUAUAGUGUCAAUGUAACUCACUAGAUGGAUAAUAUGUUUUGUAGUUCAAGCAGACUAUCUUAAAAGUCCAAGUUUGAGUUUGAAUUGGUUAAGUCACGACUCAGGUACGUAUUUAUAUUUUACUUAGAUUUAACAUGUAUAAUUCUGAAUUUUAGUUGUUUGUACAAGAAUAUUUUACUCUAAACCUUUAGCUUUAAGAAUUGCUAUGACCUAUGAGUGAUCAGCAAGUGAAAAAGAGACUUCGGCAAUCAGGUUCGCAAUAUCGAUUGCAGAAGCAAAGACGAAGUGAAGAAAAUUCUAAGCAAGGGUCAGCUCUUUUACAGUUUUUAAAACCGGCAAACAGUAAUAAUAAGGAUCAACAACAGCCAAAAGAGCAUAGCCAGCGAGAAGAAGAGACUGAAGAGUUAGAAAACCAAGACCUAGAUCUAGAAUUACUUCAGGCUGAGACGGCAGGCCCUGACCCCGACACAGAAAAUAAUCCAGAUAUUCUGAAAAUCUCAAAUUUAGAUAUCACUGUCUUUGUAGAGAAAGUCAGCACUGAAGGUUCAUUUGACGCUAAAGAUCCUGCUACGUGGCCAACGAUUAUAAAUGAAGAUUUACGCCAAACUUUAGUGAAAAAAGGCUUUCGUCAAAUCAAAAAUUUUGAAUAUCCUAGCAAUGAAAAGAAGAGAAGAUUCAAUGAAAGAUUUUUUAUUCGUCGUAUGCCAAAUGGAGAAAUGGUUCCAAGAAAAUGGCUUAUGUAUUCUGUGUCAGCAGACUCUUUAUUUUGCUUUUGCUGCAAACUUUUUUCCAACGAAAGUACUUCAUGGACUAAGAGAGGUUUCGAUGACUGGACCCAUACUUCAACUGCAUUGGAAAAACACGAGAAAAACCAAAAGCAUUUGAAAGCAUUUAGUGAUUGGAUCUUGAACUUCGACUAA